AUGAAGCGCCGACGGAGUGUGGCAUCUGCCCAAGCGCCCACACAGUUGUCCAUGGAGCUGAACGACGCGGUGCUGCGGACUCGCCGGGCCUUCGAAGCCCUGGCGGAGCGCUGGCCAGCGCCCGCGCACCCCCUGGCCCAGGCGAUCAAGGAGAUCCUGAAUGAUGAGGAAGGGCUGUCGGAGGAGGGCUUGAGCUGGAGCAAGGAAGUUGGCCUGGCGUUUGUCCUACCUCGAGCAGCCCUUCAAUGUGUCCCUCUCGCGGCCAACGAGCCCAGAGACGGGCUGCAUCGCACCGCUACUUUCGUCCGCAUCCCGGAUGCAUCGUCCAAGCUGGUCGUCGCACCUGCCGGUCCUUGUGGCUUCGGGGUGUAUGCUACAGCGAGAAUCUCUUCCGGCGAGCGGCUUGGAGAGUACACCGGAGAAAUCCGACGCUACGAUAUUUGGUGCGACGAAAUCAAGGCGCUCAAAGUGAAGCGCCGAAAUUCCGAUGCCUCCUCGCCCUUCAUCCGCGAGGAGCUCUACGCUGCCUGGGCAGGCUCGGGACCCGCUGAAAAAGGUGUGGUUAUUGACGCCUACCACAAAGGCAACCUCAUGCGUUUCAUCAACUGCAGCUGCAAGCCAAACUGCAGCUUUAAGAGUGUAAGCGCUCAAGGAGAGCCUCACGGCCGGCUGCAGGUAAAUGCCUUGCGGGCCAUCGAAGUUGGAGAGCAGCUCUCCGUGGACUAUGGUUGGUACCACGACCCUGCAACGUUGGACGAUAUCCGCAAGGAGGCAGUCGCGGUCUACUCGUCGGAUCUGCCACAGCUGCAGGCCCUGCAGCUCCCGGAACCUGUGAUUGGCGACGAUGCCUCCGAAGCAGUGCAGCUAGUGGCCGAAGCCCUCAAGGAAGCUCGUGGCCGCCCCGGCUUGCGCAGGCGGCCUCACAACUUCCUGGCAGGGAUGCUGGACUCCGAGGCGCUGGCAAGGUUCCUGGAAUCUGGCAAGCGCUUCUCGGAAGCCGCCACAUACCGCGCGAUCCCGGACCCGGUCUGGCUGCUGUACGAAGUCCUGGGAGCGGAGAGGCUUUCUCCGACUGCUUCACGGAGAGGUGCCAUCGAGACUUUGGCCCAGGUGUGUUUCGCCUUUUGGCAUGUGCCGGAGGCCCGGCGCCUCCUGUCCAGCGCUGCAAAGACCAGCAGAGGUACCGGAGGAUGCGAGAAAUGCCGCCGGCUGCUGGGCGUGGGCCGAAGUGCCUCUCGGGAAAAGCUUCGCCGGGCCUUCCUGGCCGCAGCAUGGAAGCAUCACCCCGAUGGUCUCGGCGAGGGCGACUUCGUCGAGCUGCGUCGCUGCUACGAGCUGUUGCUCGAGAAUUGUGACGACUCAGAGUCAGGUCAGGAUGAGCUCCCCUGUUCGGGCACGCAGGAGAAGGAAGAGCCGGUGCAGUCUAAACAAGCUUCGCGACGACGGCCUCUCCAGAGCGGCUCGGCGCGCUGGGCCUCCGCGCGAGCUCCAGGCCUUGUUGCGAAGGUCGCUGCACCUGAGCGCCUGGAGGUCCGAGUGGAACUGGCACUCACGGCCUCACCGCUGCCACCCUUCCUUUGGGCUACGGCGGCGACGGCAGGCCGUGGCCCGUGGCGCGAACGCCCGGGCUUAGCAUUCUGCGGCUUUUACUAUCGCACCAUCGAUUACAACGCUGCACCAGCUUUUGCCCACUCCCAAUUCCGCUUCUACUUGUUCUGGAGCCGAUUCUUCAGUGAUUGGAAAAUCGCCGGUGCACUGAGCGAGAAAGGUGCCUGCACUGCCUUUUUCGACGGCCGUCGUGAUGACCCUCCAUGGGGCUGCGCUGCAAAUAGCGAUCCAAAGCCACAGCAGUGGGCUGUGUGGGAUGCCGAUGCUGAUUCGUUCGCAAAGCGAGCCGUUCUCGUCAG